CAGUCCCGAGUACGAAGCUUCGUAACUCGUGCUCUCCUCACUGUCCGCCACCGCCGCCUCCUCUUCCUCUGGGGGAAACGGAGGCGGAGGCGGUGACGGUCCUGGGAAGCGGGGAGAGCACUGGGGGCUGGGACCGCUGGUAGUCCCCGGGACCCUGGGCUAGGGCAUUACAACACCAGGGUCCAGGAGGAGCAGGUGUGGAGGGCGCUGAGGGCUAGUACUCCUGGGUCCAAAGUAGGACCCGCGGACCUGAUUGCUGGAGGACGGGAACCCCCGCAUCCACUGAGAUACAAACAGCGAUGGCGUCCUGGAUGAGCAGGAAUUAGAGGCGCUGUUUACCAAGGAGCUGGAGAAGGUGUAUGACCCCAAGAAUGAAGACGAUGACAUGCGGGAGAUGGAGGAAGAAAGGCUGAGGAUGCGUGAGCACGUGAUGAAGACAGUGGACACAAACCAGGACCGCCUGGUGACCCUGGAGGAAUUCCUCCUGGCCACACAGAGGAAGGAGUUUGAAGAGGCAGCCCUGAAGGGCUGGGAGACACUGGAGGAGCACCCAGCUUAUACGGAGGAGGAACUUCAACGCUUUGAGGCAGAAUUGGUGGCCCGAGAGGCUGAACUGGCAGCCCAGGCCCAGAGGUUGAGCCAGGAGAGCAAAGCCCUGGACCACUCCCAGGGGCUGCUGAAGGUCCAGAAGAAGGAGCUGCAGCUGUCCUUCACAUGGAGCAGAGGAAGCAGCAACCCUCCUGAGACCCACCAGCUCCAGGCCCUGAUGGACAGCUCCUUUUCCAGCCCCAUGCAGAGACAGGAGCCCAAGCAGAGCCAGCCAUGGUAAAGGAGGGUCCAGCCCCAGUCCCAGAUUCCCCUGUGCCUGAUUCCCAGCACUAGUGAUCCCCAAGGCCACCCAAUAAAGACUUUCUGGGCACCACGA